AUGACGUCGUCAACAUCAACUCCUCCAACAUCUCCAAAACCUGUUGCCCCGUUGGUUGAACUUCCGACAUUACCUAAAUUAAGACACAUUGCACCUGCUCCUCGAGAUAAACCUGAAUAUGAUAUUUAUCAUAUUCCAAAAGGUUUUGAAGUAGUUUUAGUUCCAAAACCUUCUAAUGGUACCAGUUCUGAUUUCUCUACUGGACCUUCACCUACUUCACCUACUUCUACUGCUAUACCUCUUUCACCUGCUGCUUCAGUGUCUAGUAUUCAUGGUUCACCUUCAAAACUUUCACCUCCUACUGUUAAAUCACCUCCAAAUAGUUCGUGGCGCAAACGUAAAAAUAAUGGACAUAUUCCUCGUCCUAAAAAUUGUUUCAUGGCCUAUCGUGAACAUAUGCAACAUGAAGUUCUUAAAAAAAAUCCAGGAAUGAAUAAUAAACAUGUUUCAAUUAUUGCUGCUGAAAUGUGGAAAAAUGAACCUGAAGAUGUUAAACAAUAUUGGCGUGCUCGUGCUCAACAGUUGAAGCUUGAACAUAUGGCUAAAUAUCCUAAUUAUAAAUUUUCUCCUAAAAAGAAACAAUCUAAAUCUUCUAAUAAUAAUGGUCUUAAUGGAAUUAAACAAGAAAAUAAUAGUAAAAUCAUUAAAAGAUCUACUAUAAUGACUGAUGGAUAUUCUAAAGAUUUAUUAAAGAAUCGUGAAACUCGUGUUUCCCCUCUUUUUUGGGGACAUUAUCGUUCUUCUUCUUCCGAUUCUAUUGGUUCAUGGACUAGUGAUUCAACUCCUUCAACUCCUCCAUCAUUCAUUGAUGAUUCUGCUCAUUCACCUCCAAUGUUUAAUUCUCAUCAAGAUCAUAAUAGAUCACCUUCACCUUUACGUUAUGAAGCUUGUUUAAAAGUUGAAUCUAAUAAUCUUGAUCAACAACAUGAAUGGCAAAGAAUUUGUGAUAUGCCUCUUGAAGGUGAAUUCUUUCAAACCCUUCUUCCACCUAUGGAAUUCGAUCAACAUAUGCAUGUUGAAGCUCCUUAUUAUGAUAGUAUCGAAUGUGGAAGUUUCCUUCAACAUGAUGCACAACUUUUAAAUUCUUUUGAAUUUAAUCCAGCUGUCACAAUGAUUAUAGGCUGA